UUGAAAAAAAAAAAAACUCACCUCGCCCGCAUUGUCGAGCGGCGGUGGGGGAUCGGCGCAGCGGCAGGCCUUGCGGUGGUGGCUUGGUUCGCGUGACGGAGUAUCCCAUCUCGUUGUCUCCGCCCCCAGCAAUAUCUAUCACUUUUUAUUAUGAUUAGGGUGCGGCCUCAGGAGUCUCCCCAAAAGGGGGCAGAGAUGGAAUUGGCCGCCGCCUGCACACUAAUUGUUCAUAAUUUCCUUGAAUCCUUAGUCUCCUACGCGAUUCCUUGUGAGGGUCGCAAGUGGAGCAAGCUUCCCUGGAGAGGUUCAACAUUUCUGCUGACACUGUUGAUUUCUCAGCACUCCCGGAGAGGAUCAAGCUCUCAAAAGGUUUUGGGGCACACGGUUAAUGUUGUGAAAGGUCUCAAACUGUAUGAGGGCAUUUUCACAGAUUCAGAGUUGCAUAACCUUGUUCAGUACAUCAAUGCACUUCGUCAUGCAGGAACAAGAGGAGAACUCUCUGGAGAAACAUUUAUUUUCUUCAACAAACAAAUGAAAGGAAACAAGAGGGAGAUCAUUCAAUUUGGCAUUCCAUUGUUCCAACCAACCACUGAAGAAGCAGCAAGUAGCAUUGGGCCAAUCCCCCCUUCACUGCAGAACAUAAUUGAUAAUUUGGUCCUGUGGUGCAUAAUCCCCGACAAUAAGAAGCCUAACAGCUGUAUUAUCAACUUCUUCAAUGAGGAUGAUUUUUCACAGCCCUACUUCAAGCCUCCCCAUCUGGAACUGAAACUACAAUGGCAUUUGGCUGGUCUCUCGUCAGCGAUCACAAAGGAAACUAUAAGGGUUCCUUAACACUUCCAGUCAAUGAAUGGACUCCUAGUAAUGUGUGGGCUUAGUGCUGACAUGGUGAGGCAUGUUGUGUGUGUUCAUCUCCAAACAAGAGGAUGACCAUCACAUUUUUGAAAGUUAGAACCGGCACUCACAAUGCCAAUCCCCCUACUGCAUCGCAGGCCAACCAAGCCAUGAUGUUGUGACGACCGGAGAGCCCGAACCCCCAGACGGGUGGAGGUCUCGCCUAUGGGCCUCAAGCCAUGAUUCCAGCUAGUUGGGGAUUGACUCCUCAAGCUCCCAUUGAUAAAUUAGCGCAACCCCGAGAAGUUGUCAUGAGCUCCUGUAGGAAGUCACCUCUACACAACAGAACUGGUGUCUUCCUGCCGUGGGCAGCUAAUCCAAAGAAGAACACCAAGCAGCCUCCUCCCCAUUUUCAAAAGCGGAGGCUCUCUUUAUUUCAUCUCCAUUAGAAGCGCAAGCUUAAGCAAAGUCGCAAGCAAAUCCUGGUCAUCUUGCACCAAAAACAACUAUAGAGAUUGCAAUCUACACCCUUUUGAGGCCUAUCAUGGUUGUGUCAAAAUGGUAGCUGGGUUUCAUGUUUCUUCUCUAAACAAAUAGGUUGGUUUAACAUUUUAGGUCAUUAGCAGUUGCAAGUUGCUUGAAUCUCAAGUUCAAUCCUCCCCUCAAACGUUAUUCUUAUGACCUAUAAAAAAAUCUUCCUUGGAAAAAGAAAGUUUCCUUUACACCCUGU